UGUCCGAAAUACAUGGGCGGCGGCCAAGAAGGCCUAUUUAAACCUAUGUCCAGCAGCUGUAAAGCCACAAGACACGAUGGUUGCGUGGACAGAUGAAGAGCGCGCUGCGAUACAGGGUGUAUUCGCCAAACUCGACUACGAGUCGGUAGGCCUAGAGAGCUUGACGAGAUGCUUGGUCGUUUACCCUUGGACUCGACGGUACUUUGGUGGGUUUGGAAACCUUUUUAACGCUGAGGCAAUCAUGGCUAACCCAAAUGUCGCAGCUCACGGAGUGGUAGUACUUCAAGGAUUGGAGAAAGCUCUCAAAAACAUGGAUGAUAUCAAGAACACCUACGCUUCCCUGAGCGAGCUUCACUCACUGAAACUUCAAGUCGAUCCAGGCAAUUUCCAGCUCUUAGGUGACUGCCUGACCGUGGUGAUCGCUACACGCCUGAGGACUGAGUUCACCCCAUACAUCCAAGCUGCGUGGCAGAAGUUCCUGUCUGUUGUUGUGUCAGCCCUGUCAAGGCAGUAUCACUGAAAUUAUCUUGUACUGAA